GGGGCUGGGGCUGGCAUGCUGUGUAGGCGGCCAGGCCAGGCCAGCCCGGACAAAGCGAGCGGCUGCGGAUCUUUACCGCCCAAGCCGUCGGGACCGGAAGUCGGGAGGCGGGAAUGUUGCUUUCGGUGACCCGGAAGAGUAGUUCCGUGUUUGGGAGGAGGUCGCUGCGGAUCGUCCCGCGGCCCCGAACCCACUCCUGCCGCGUCUCGGCGAGAACGCCGCGCCCUCCGUUCAGGUUCUGCCUUCCGAGGGGGCGAGAGCUUCACCCCGGACGCCGGGACCUGCAGGCCCCGCCCACCCAGCGAGGGGCGGGGCCGGGGCUGACCAGCUCACCAACGACCGUCGCCCACCAUGCGCCUAAGCCUCUCCCGGCGCCUGCUCCUCGCCGCCCUGCUGUUGGUGAUUAUCUGGACUCUAUUUGGACCCUCAGGCCUCGGGGAGGAGCUGCUGAGUCUCUCGCUGGCCUCCCUGCUCCCAGCCCCGGCCUCUCCUGGGCCGCCCCUGGCCUUGCCUCGCCUCUUGAUCCCCAACGAGGAGGCGUGUGGCGGGCCCGGCGUUCCUCCGUUCCUGCUAAUCCUGGUUUGCACAGCCCCGGACAACCUGAACCAGAGGAAUGCCAUUCGGGCCUCGUGGGGCCGGCUGCGCGAGGCCCGGGGGCUCAGGGUGCAGACUCUCUUUCUGCUGGGAGAGCCUAGCGGAGGCUCCAGAGAGAACGACCUGGCCAGGGAGUCAGCUGCCCAUGGGGAUAUCGUGCAGGCGGCCUUCCAGGACUCCUAUCGCAAUCUCACCCUCAAGACCCUCAGCGGGCUGAACUGGGCUGACAAACACUGCCCCAUGGCCCGCUACAUUCUCAAGACUGACGACGACGUGUUUGUCAAUGUCCCAGAGCUGGUAUCAGAGCUGGUCCGGCGAGGGGGCCAUUGGGAGCAAUGGGAGCAGGAGCCCCAGAGAAAGGCUAAGGUUGGUGAUGAGGAGGGUGGGGAAGGAAGCCCCACCUCGGGGAGCCAGCCGGUGCCUCUCUUGUACUUGGGCCGGGUGCACUGGCGGGUGCACCCUUCUAGGACGCCAGGAGGCAGGCACCAGAUAGCAGAGGAGCAGUGGCCUCCCGCCUGGGGCCCCUUCCCCCCUUACGCCUCAGGAACGGGAUACCUGCUGUCAGCAUCUGCUGUGGAGCUCAUCCUGAAAGUGGCCAGCAGAGCACCCCCUCUGCCACUGGAGGAUGUCUUUGUGGGGGUAAGUGCCCGACGAGGAGGCCUCACCCCCACCCACUGUGUCAGGCUGGCUGGCGCCACCCACUACCCCCUGGACCGGUGCUGCUACGGGAGGUUCCUGCUGACCUCCCAUAGGUUGGACCCCAGGGAGAUGCAGGAGGCCUGGGAGCUGGUGGGUGGCUCUGAUGGCCGAAGAACUGUACCCUUCUGCUCCUGGCUGCAGGGAGUGCUGGGCAUCCUCCGGUGUCGGGUCAUAGCCUGGCUUCACAGCUGAGUGCCAGGGGCACAGGGUCCUGUCAGCAGCCCCCUCCCCACCUUUUCCCUCCCUGGCGGCUGCAGCUGGUCAGUCUCUCCCAUACCAGAUGCUUGGUCACUGAAGGCAGAGAUACAGGAGACAGGGCAGAUUGGGUUGUUCUCUCUAAACAAAGCAGGAGCCAGGUACGAGCCCCUCAAUAAACUUGUCUCUCUUCCUCUCCAAGUA